UGGCCAAAAUAAGACAAUAUUAUUAGUGAUGAACUAGUUUAAGCGAUGCACUGGUUUAUUCUACGACAGGAUUCGAGCCAAGUGUCAACAGUGAAGAAAACGAAGAGCCUUUUACGUGCCACGUGUAAAAUCAAACCACCUAAAUUAAGCCUAAAAAUGAAUUUGUAGGAAACACUAAGAGUUCCAGACACUAUUUUCCGAUCGACUUUAUAUAAUGUAAUAUUAUUAUUAUGCCUGACAAUUACGCUGCGCUUUUGAUUACGCCGAUCUCUUGUUUAUACUAUUUUGAAUUUUCAUCCAUUUAAUAUAACCGGCACCGGUAAAGCAAUCAAAACGUUUGGUAGCGUGACUUUGUUAUUUCGCAAUGAUGAAUCCCUUCGACAUACGCAGCGGGUGUAACUUCACUUGAGUCAGAUGAAUUUGCUGUUGAAGGCCGAGCGCCCACUUUCAAAUAUUUUCAUUAGUCAUGCGAUUAGCUUUACUUCCUGCCUUUGCUAUACGGUCUCUCUGUGUAUCCGCUUCUCUGUAUUCUACCAAGCACAUGCUACUUGACAACUUUGUGACUGGUUCCGAGCAGAACUCAAUGUUGAGUUGCGCUGGGUGCUGAGUGCUGAUUAUAUAGCAUGAGCGCCUUUCAACUUGCGCCAUCUCUAUCUCGCGCUGUACGUUGGCUUUCUUUCUCACACUGUUGCCUGGAGCCCUGGUUUACCCUCGCUUCGGACGGCCCUCGCCUGGCCCCCUCUCGGGUCACCAUGAACGCAUGCGGCGAUGACGAUGUUUCGUUUUGGACUCACUCUCUUGUUCAUUCUCACCGUCUUUCCUAUUGUUCCACAUUUGCUUGCUUUGUUCUCGCCCAUGUUGUUCUAUAUUGUACAAAUACGACCGCCAUACUGAUGGUGUCGACUGCUGUCGUUGACUCGCUCGCUGCUUGCUUCUGCCUGCUGAAGCUCUGUCGACUGCGGAAUGGAGGAGUGUGACUAGUUAUGCUACUACCGUGGCUCUAUCGCCACCAUAACCGCUGCCGCCGCCGCCGCCGCUGCCGCUGCUGGUGCUACCGACCGUCUCAGCAAAAUGGCGAAGCAGUGCUGCCACUGCUACUGCUGGGUUUUGGCUGAGAAGAGGAGGUAGGCAGACGAGCCGUCACAGCACUGACUUUAGUGGCUUUAAAGGCGUGCUGAUCGUAACAGUAGGAGCAAACGCCAAUAUUAAUGGCUCGAACUGCUUCUUUAUCUAAGAUAAAUAUAUAGGGAUGCAUGGCAAAUGUCGGCAAGCUGAGUUGGUUUGGUGAAUGAUUCUUAUGGCAAAUUUUGACGGAACGUUCGCGCGUGCUGUGGUUAGUUGCCGUGGUGACAGUAAGGAGGACUGCACAUUGACUCCUUUUACGCCUGCUGUUAGUGUUCGGGAGAUAAUAUUCAUAUCGCCGUCAACUCUCAGAAUAGCUACUGCCGAACGCUUGCUUGCGGAAAGAUUUUGAGGAUAGGAAGACAAGGACCUGCUAAAUCGACCUGUAUAUCCCACUGCCUGUGAAAUGAAUGAAAAAACUGACUGGCGACAACUCCCGGCAUAGAACUGGCCUCUGAGCCUCUGUGGUGAGGCUCAGAGUCGGCGCCACCGUCCUCGAUCUAUGCUGGUGCGUGUGUUACGAGUAAACGUGGAACGUCAUUUGUGUGUACGUUUGGAUGACGCACAUCCAUGUGUUCAAAACCGUCCUCGUCGCACUAAAUGGGAGCUGGAUAGCGGCAAAAAAACGGUCGAUAGGGUACAGUUCCUGUACGGUUAGCUGUCUUCGCCAAUUUACAGGGGCACUAUUCUGUAACAAUAGCACAGCAGUGACUAUAGCUUCUGUGGAUAAGGGCCAGAAAAGAACCAGAACCAGUCAGAAAAUCACACUCAUGAUGGAGGAGAUAAGAACACGGAUGCCACAGCUGAUAUUCAUGUGAGCUUCAAAGCGAUUUCUUACAUUCAAUCAAUUGUCCGCGUCACGAUCUGUGCCGGCAUUGUUUGCUGUCGCAGAGCUUUGUUGCGAAUGUCCAGUGUUCCGCGCUCGGCCUGAUUGAUAACUGAUACUGAGGCUUGAUUGAGGAAAGAGGCGGGAGAGAACACCGGCGCUAAAUGCCGGGCCUAGUGUGCGAUACCUGCUAUAUAAAAAUGUGAGGCAUGCGUAGAUACGUGUGGCCUAUAGAUGUGUCCCUGCCCAACAGGACACCGCAUCAGAAAUAUCACAACAACGGCAGGAUCCGAAAAGUGAUCAGAAUCGUCAGAGCAACAUUAUCGACGGGUCAAGCAAUAUUCCGAAGAAAGGGUCAGCUUGUAAGGUUUGUCCGUGUGUGCCCUUACUACUACACACAGCCGAAGCGAUCCGUGCGAAACUCUAUGCAGCCACCUGCAGAGUAAAUGACCAAAUAAGCAACUGGGGAACGUCGGCACCGAUCUAAGGUGAACACCUCUCACAAAGUAUCUAUCUCGAUGUUGAUUUCGUAGAACGUAGUAACGUUCAAAAUUGAUGACCACUUAGACCGCAAUGUCAAAGUUAUCCCGCUCAUGUGAGGGCUGCUGCCGGCAGGUAGUAGACUGUCGUCUGGUUCCCGCCGCUUUUCCCGGACCGAAUCAAUGGUUUCGACGGAACGGUUUCUCGCUCCCAUUACAUCCGUUUCAGCUGUUGGCUUGGUGUCUGUUGAGUGUGUUUGUGUUUCUUUACUAUUCAGCGCUAAUACCCAAUGUCCAGGACGGUCCGAAGCGUCUAUGGCUUACAGUUCUGAUGUCGAUUUCAUUGGCGAUUCAUAUUUUUUCGCAUCUCAUCUCAUCGGCAAUAAAUCCCGCUGACUACAAUGUUCUCGCGAAGAACUUUGCCGGUCGCGGCACAUUCGACCGAUCAAAACACAAACAUGUUAUCGAGAAUCAGUACUGCUAUAUAUGCGAGACAAAAGUUGGCGCCAAGAGCAAACACUGCUCGGCAUGCAACAAGUGCAUAGGUGAAUUCGACCAUCAUUGUAAAUGGCUUAACAACUGCGUCGGCGUUCGAAACUAUCGAUGGUUUGUCGUCUGUGUUACCUCUGCGCUGGCUUGUUCGUUGUUUAUACUGGGCCUUGGGCUGCGACUGUUAAUUGAACACUGCCGUUUACUGGCCGUCCUUAAAGAAGCCAAAUUUCAGCAGGCAGCUUCUAACUGCACAUCUGUGUACGGAAAUGUCGGUAUUGGGAGCAGCGAUCGCGCAGGUCAGCUGUUAUCAUCAUUGAUUACGCCGCAGUUACAGGCAGAACGGGAGCAACAACAGUCUCGAGUUCUUUCUUUGCCGUCGGAGAAUCCUUCUCCGAGCCUCGAGCAACUGCCCACUGUUGCGGUGCCUCUCGCUGUCAACUGUACGCUUGUGUCGUCCCUUGUGGAGCAGCGAUACUUACUUCACAUCAAGAUAGACUAUGGCCUUUACCUCUUUCUACUGGUGAUCUGUAUCGUGCUCGCGCUUCUGGCCGCAGCCCUUCUAGCCCAUCUGCUUGCAUUCCAUAUGUUUCUCUGGCGUAAAAAGAUGUCGACGUACGAGUACAUCGUGUCAAAGCGUGAGAGAGCGCAGCAGGAGCAGCUAGGCUACAUGGAACGAACUGUGUGUUGCUGUUUCAAAUGCAAGCAAAAAGUCAAUCAAAUUCGACCAUCUUCGUUGGCAAAUGUCGAGGACACAAUUCGGCCGGACUUGGCACCGGGUCAACAGCAGCAGCAAUGCGACUUCGAAAAGGCCGACAAAGAGAACCUAGCUCGAAAAGUAAGUUCGAGCCAUUCACAGGUCUCACGAAUGGCAAGCAAUAAAUCACACACAUCGUCCGUGAUCACUCACGAAGACUUUAAACGAAAAGGUUCGUUCGCUGCCGGCGACGUGUACAUAGGAACGCCGACGGUCGACAAGAUCAUGGCGGAUGAGAUGAGUAGGCGGAGUGCAUCGCUCCACCGUCAGGAGUCUCUGGUCAGGCAGGAUUCGCUGCCGCAAGAUCCUCCAGAGGACGUCCGACCGGGCUCGUUAGAUGGCAGUCGCUCAGGACGAUCUGUUUCUCAGCAAUCGCUUAACAAAGCGCCGCAACAGUUCCCGUCGACGGACAGCGUUCAUCUACCAAUCGAAGCGGAUGUUGUCAUUUGCCAACGUGAUGGUGAAAGCGUCCACGAAGCACUCAACCGAGGUCACUCGAUGAUAAACCUCCUGCCGCAGAAUUCGACGGAUACGCUAUUAGAGUACGACGAAGAGGUCUCGAUGGUGGCCGGUGGAGGCGGUGACAGCACAUUAACGGAGAAGUGGCGUAACCACGAUUCAGGCUAUUCAGAGAAGACGAAGAGAGGCUCGAUGUCGGAUGAUCUCGAUCUUGAAGUUGUCAACGUAAAAGCUGACCAACGAAGAGGUCCAAACCGCAGCGGCGAACAGGAGAUAAACAGCCACGAGUGGCCAGACCCGGCAGAAGAAAAUCAACAAAAGCAGCAACACGGGCAACAAGUACAUGAUGGAGAGUUGUUGGAAGCUGCUGCAAACGGUGCCAAGACUCCAAAGGAGCAAAAAGUUGAUCCACUUAUGCUCAAAGCUAUGGAACAGGCAAUUCUGCGACCUCAGUCUUUGCCGGUAAAGCUGUCGCCGUUAAUUGGCGAAAUGAGUUCAGGAAGGAAAACAUCCUCUAAUUUCGAAAAUCUACAUUUAGCAAAUGAUCCAAACAUUUAAUAGUGAUCGGACUGUUGAAGUCCAGUAAGGAGGUAAUCAGGUUCAGUUGCCCGAAUGCAUCGCCUCAAUCAAAACGGCUUUUCCAGAUAUAUUCCACGAGCAGUUUUCAGAACUUUACUCAAUAAAAAACACGCUUGGAACAUACGGUCGCCAUAGACGAUAUAUGGUUCAAUCUCUACCGCCAGUCGGAUAGGGACCAGGUGAGAGACUGGAGUAGCUUUAGAAAAAAAUUGAGUUCGUUGGCAGUUUGGACAAAAUUUGAAUGUAAUCUUAUUGUAGUGCUUGCAGUGGACAUCGAGGGCAUUUGCUACUAUAAGAUAGUGGCUGAAAAAGAAACAAUGAAUGCAGCCCGUUAUCUCGAGUCAUGCGAAAGACAUGGACAGUCAGAAGGAUCCAGUCCGGUUACUUAAUGAUAACGUUGGAACUCAUCACUAUGCCUCAAUUUCUUUCUAGGCUAAGCAAAGGAAUACCUAAAGUUGGCUUCAAUCCGAUUGUCCUCUUGAUAUAAGCUCGUGUUAUGGGGCUUUCCGUUCUCUAAAAAGUAUCAAUUCACUAUGUCACUAAUGCCAUAGAUGGAAAAGUUACAUAUAGGAAUGCGAACGCAAAUCCAUGGCUGUCCAGAAGCUGCCGGAAUUGUGGGACAAAUGUGAAAAAUAUAUAAGUACAACAAUACAUCUUGAAAGUUCAUUCUAGUUACACUAGUCCAAAGGUUAUUCAUAUACCAAUAAACAGAUAUAUAAUAGA